CAUUGGUUACAUGUCCUAGUAUAUAUUAACAGUCCGAUAUUUCGAGCUUCAGAAUAGUUCGGGACCCGAUCAUGGCGAAGUCUUGUGUUGCAUUUUUAGCUCUCUCCGUUUUGGCGGUACAAAGCGCUGUAGUGAAAGACGAUGAAGCGCUUCACAAAAGGGUAGCGCGUUCUCCAUGUGAUGAAUGCGACAGACAUCACGGCCCUCCACCCCCACCGCCCCCACCGUUCUGGCCUCCUCCACCACCACCGAGGUUCCACACGCAGAACUGGAGCGGCUACUCACGGGGCUCGAAUGGUGGACAAGGAGUUUUCAGCGGAGCAGCAGCCUCAGCUAAUCUUGGCGCCGAUGUCGGGAGUCAGGCUGUCUCUAUUGCAUCAGCAAAUGCAGCAGCAAAUGCAGCAGCGAAUGCAGCAGCGAAUGCAGGCGCAACUACUGGGGCUGCAAGUGGCUACGGAUCAGGAGUUUCAGGAGUAGGAGUUAAGGGUGGUUAUGAAGGAUCUGCUGGCAACGGGCACGCUCAAAAAAACGGCUUCAAUGGUGGAAACUUCCAAUCCGGUCAUUACAAAGAAUCCCAUUACUCUUAUCAAGGUGGAAAUAAAUACGGUGGCCAAGGAGGAUCUAACUUCGCUGGGCAAAGAGGAGAUAUUGGAGGAUCACAAUCUAAUGGGCAGAGUGGGUCUUAUGCCAGUUCAGGCGCUGCGAGCCAAGGGUUCCCUGGAAAUGAGCAGCAACAACAACUAGGUAGUGGUUUCCAUGGAAAUGGAGAAAGCCAGUCACAGAGCAAGUCCUUCUCAAGCCAAGGACAGGGAUUCUCAAACAAUGGCCAAUCUCAGCAACAAGGUUUCUCUGGAAAUGGGCAACAGCAACAAAAAGGACAGUACUCAGGCAACGGACAGCAACAAUCAUCAGACUACGUCUCUGGAUCUAGCUCUAACGCCCAAAGCGGAGCAUUAUCUGGUCAGGGGGUGCUAGACAUGACGUUGAGUAUACUGGAAAUCAGCAAGUGCAGUCUGGCUGGCAAAAAGAAGGAUAUGGUUCUGGGAGUGCCUCAGGGCUAGAUGCUGGGUCCCUUGGUGUUUCUAGUUCGAACGGUAUCGGUGAGACUCAAUCGACCUUGAACGGGGCAUUGAACCUGGCACAUCAGGGUCUGCAGACAGCCGAGGGAUGCAGCACUUGUGGCAAGAGCGGCUAUGCCCUGAGCAAUGCUAAAAGCCACAGCGGAAACGCUAUCGCUCUGUCUAUUGGUGGUUAAAUCAUUUUGGGUACCUGACUGCUUUCACUGAUUUUACAUUAUUAUGUGUGAUCACCUUGUUAUUAUUAAAUGAAUAAAUUAUUGUAAUUUGA